AUGUCAGGCCCCAGUACCCCGGUUCAUUCUGAUCAUUCAGAGUCGACGGUUGAAGGACUUCCACCCCGUCCUGGAGUUGUACCUAUAUCUCCACCCAGGGCACCUACACCCCCACCUGUAGCUGGACCUUCACGUCCACCUGGAUACUCUCGUAGUGGACAGACCCCUAUUGCAGCUAUACCACUUAGGGCUAUACCCCCGCCCGCACCUGUGAUGCCCCCACCUGCUCCCAUGAUACGACCUCCUAUCCGUGGACCUCCACCAGAGCAUGAGUCUUCUGGAUUUUCUCAGGCACUCCUGAUGGAGAGAGAGGAGCUGUUGGGCCAGAUUGGAGAGCUGACACAGGCGAUGAGGGAUCUAGAUCCUAACAGGGGAGAGCGACAGUUGAGAGAGGAGAUACUUGCAUUUAGGACAGAGGCAGUAGAGAGAUUAUGUGGGAUCACCGCACCACUUGGUACCCCUGGGGAUAUUAUAGACUGGGCUCGUUGGGUCUUGGAGCAGCUGGAUAUUAUCGGAGGCCCAGACUUUCCAUAG